AUGGCCUCAGGGGCCGAGAGGAAGCCAGGGGCCCCAGAGGGGACAAUCGCAGGGCUGGUCCAGGUUGUGGAGGCACCAGUUAAUCAUGCUCAGAGCCCUGAGUGCUCAGUGAUGGGAAACCAGUGCCCAGUGCCAGCUUAUGAGGCCUGCAGUACCCAGGGUGAAGACGUGUGUCCAACAGGACACUGCAGAGAGCCAGAGCUCCAGGAGGAGGGGAUCAAGCUGGAGGAAGAAGUGCUUGAGGCAGAGGCAGGAGACGAGAGAGGCCCCAGGCUUGGGGCCUCCAUCGUGGGGCCCAGUCAUGGACUGAAGAGGAAACCUAUCAAGGGAAUGAGCCUCCCAGGACCUAGCUACCAUGCCCAUCCUAGGACUGAAGCUGAGCUGCCACCAGGGAUGCUGCUGCAGAGAGAGGAGCUGGAGGGCUGUCAGAAUGAACCCUCACCAUCUGCCAAACAGCACAAAAAAGCCAAGAAACGCAAAAGUCUGGGGGCUCCCAUGCUUCCAGCUAUAGCCAGCACUGUGUCUGCACCCCCAGAGACCCUGGGGCUGGAGCGAAAAGCUCAGCGCCUCCGGCCAUUGUACCAGUAUAUCAACUAUUGCAACCCUGAGCUGAACCAGGCAGGGGAGGAAGACAGGGAGGCUGAGGUAGAGCCUGAGUCAGAGUUGGCCCUGGUUCCUGAGGAGGCAGGUGUGGAGCAGCUGCAGGCCUUGCUCCCUGUGGCAGGUGAGCUGGGCUUAGGUCUCCCUUUGCCCUAUUCCAAUGUGUUAGUUCCCCCCACUCAUGCCUUGGCUCCCCUGGGAGAGGAGGCUGGAGUGGAGCUUGGGGUUUUGCCCAGCUUGGGGAUGAGUCGCCACCUCAAGGCAGAGGUGGAUAAGUCAACCCAGGUGGAUAUCGACAAGAUGCUGAGUGUCUGCACUGCUCCCCUUGUGCCCCCACUCUCCCCUCAGUACAAGUGACUUCACCCACUGGGUGUUCCCAUUCUCCAGGCCUGACCCAGGGCUGUAGCCUGAGGGCUAGAUGGAGGGGGGAAUUUGGCCCC